AUGGGAGGGUCGGAUCUUAAGUCUCACCCCGAAAGAGAUACCCCAAUUGUGAAAGCCGAUAACAAGAACCUCAGCUUUCAGAGGACAGAUACCACUUCUCAACACAAUCAUGUGACUGUGAUACUUUCCCUGGGUUUUAAAAGAGAGGAUAUGAUUAGCUGGAGGGCAAACUGUAGUGUCUUCCCUAGUAGAGGGGAGCCAGUAGGACUGCUGAAGCGUCACAGUCCUCGCUCGGGUACCUUGUGGCUGCUGGAGGGAAGGCUCCUGAUGUCUGCUCAGAGGGAAGCUUCUGGCGAGUAUGGGAGAGAGGGACUAAUCAGCUACGGAGCAACAGAUCCUGUUCUAUCCAACAAACGUUUGUAUCCAAAUUUCUAUCAGACCCUUCAGAAUGACCAGGCCCAGUUUGAUGCCAUUGUAAAGUUACUCAGAUAUUUUGGUUGGAACUGGGUGGGUAUCAUUGCCUCGGAUGAUGACAGCGGAGAAACGCAGCGUCGGGAGCUGGAGAAAAUGGCUGCCAUCCAUGGAAUAUGUAUCGAGUUCUCCUUACAGUUACCUCCCAAUAAAUACUAUAAACGUAUAGAGGUUCCUUAUUCUCGUUGUUCCAAAGACUGUCUUUCUGGAUAUAGAAGGGUUUUACAAAGGGGAAAGCAUACCUGCUGCUUCGACUGCGUCCCGUGCUCAGAGGGAGAGAUCUCCAAUAAAAUAGACAAAGACUCUUGUCAAAAAUGUGCAGAUGACCAGUGGCCAAAUGAGAAGAAGGACAAAUGCGUUAAGAAGCCCACUGAGUUUUUAUCAUAUGAUCGGGAUCCAGUUGCACUGGUUCUUUGUAUAAUCUCUGUUACCUCAUCUGUCAUAACCUGCAUUAUUUUAGGUAUAUUCAUUUUAUACCAGGACACUCCCAUUGUUAAAGCCAAUAACCGUAAUCUGAGUUUUGUCCUCCUGGUUUCCCUCAUGCUGAGCUUCCUCUGUGUGUUUCUGUUCCUCGGUCGUCCUGUGGAUAUAACCUGCAAGCUGCGACAAACUGCUUUUGGGGUCAUCUUCUCAGUAGCUGUGUCUUCUCUGUUGGCCAAAACUCUCAUGGUCUGCAUCGCGUUCAAGGCCACCAAACCCGGCAGCAAGUGGAGAAAAUAUAUUGGAGUCAAAAUACCCAAUUUUGUUGUGUUUAUCUGUUCAUUUAUUCAGGUAGUCAUUUGCAUCUGCUGGUUGUCUAUUUCCCCUCCAUACCAAGAAAUGAACAUUCACUCCUACCCUGGAAAGAUCAUUAUUCAGUGUAAUGAGGGGUCAGUGGUUGCCUUUUACACUGUUCUGGGGUACAUGGGCUUCCUGGCCGCUGUGAGUUUUAUUGUCGCUUUCCUGGCCAGGAAAUUGCCGGACAGUUUUAAUGAAGCCAAGUACAUCACUUUCAGCAUGCUGAUCUUCUGUAACGUCUGGAUCUCUUUUAUCCCGGCUUAUAUGAGCGUUAUGGGCAAAAACACAGUGAUUGUAGAGAUUUUUGCAAUAUUAACUUCUAGCUUUGGGAUUCUUGGUUGUUUAUUUUUUCCUAAAUGCUGCAUUAUUCUUCUAAGGCCAGAUAUGAAUUCAAAGAAACACCUGCUAAGAUUGGAAUGUUAA